GAUGGAGUUAUGUUCUCAGACGAUUGGUUGCAGAUUAUAUUUUUUGGCUUGUAAAGCAGACAAGGAAGUUAUAUCCGACGGUUGACAACACAUUUAGGUUUAUAAGAUCGCUAAAGUUUUUCGAAGCUGUCGCUAUUGUGAAUAAUACAAAACCGGUUGUGGGCCGCACUAUGUUGUACUGAAAGCCUCGUACCAUCGAUACAGACUCUGUUCCCGAUGCUAUUGUGGAGCGUACACUCCUGUAUAUGUUGAACGUCUUCUCAGUCUGUGCGGACAUGACCAGGUCUUAGCACAGAAGUCGUGAUCUAGAGUCCUGCUGGAUAACAGGCUAUUGUGCAACCGUGUACUCUCUACAUGCCCGCCUGAAAAGAAUUUGAAGAGUGGCUGGGACACCGAUCUAAAGAUUGUUUUUACCACAUUGUAUUUCGUACCCGAACGACUGAAGAAACUUACUGCCCAUUCAGACAAGAAGUUGAAUGAACGGGUUUCAUCAUGCGGCUCCCAUGAAGCAAGAACAUGCUAAAUAGACUGCCUAUUACAACCUUGGACCUUUUUAAAAGGAUGUCACUUCUCAAGGACAACCAGCGUAGACAUUGUCGGAAUCAUAGGACAUAGAAACUGCUCCACAAAUUACCAACGCGUGGAAAGACCUGAGCUAUCACUUGACUAUUGCACAGUGUGGAGUCUGAAUGUCAACAGUCAGAGAAUACUGAAAUCAGAAGCAGAAUGGCAAAGCAACCAGAGAAGUUGACGUGGCAUCCAGGGAGCUAUUCCAUGAGCUACAUCUUAAGGAAUCUGAAUCCUCCCCAGAUCGUCCUGUGUGACCACAGUCGCUGUAAGCCGGGUGACUCGGGGUGUGGGGUCCCGUGCCUCCUGUAUAAGGGCACAGAUGCACCUGUAGCCCAUGGGGUGAGGCUCGCCAAGGGGGGCAAAGGAGGAAAGUUCAUGGUGGAGUCCGGAGAUCUGAUCCAAGUACCAGCGUCUUAUGAAGGUUGGUUUUGUGUGUUUGAUGCGAAGACGAGAAUGGAUAACAACGUCCCCGUGUACCGCAGUGCAUCAGCUCUGGCUCAAACUCGCUGUGACACCUUUCUGGUGGGUGGACGUGAAAAACUCCAUGUCAUGCAGAAGAAGAACGAUUAUCUUUCCCCGAAACAAGUUUUUCCGUGUGACGUAUUGAAAAUGGAACGCGUAUGUAAGUAUGGCAAGAAGACCUAUUUGGAAUGUCUUGAUCGAAAAGGGCGAGACAUUCUUAUUCCUUUUGAAUGCCAAUGCUUGUUCUACAUCAUCACCAGCAAGAUAAAGAAGACCAAAGUGUCCGUUUUUCAAAUAAAAGACGUAUUGAAAAAGAUACCAUGCAUUGUCAAAAUCAUUGCUGGUCAAGGUUUGGCUAAGAAGGAUUCAUCCCACGGAUGGAUGAAACUGACUCAUGUAAGUCGAGAUCCUCUGAUUGUCUGCUCCACAGUCAGCAUCCAGAAGAACUCAUUAUUAGAGAUCCCAAAAUCAUCUCUGCUGAAAUUCCAUAUUGCCACAAUGAAUAUUGGCUGGCGAGAGUAUAAUGGCUAUAAGGAUGCUCUUAGUUUGUGUCGGAACGAGGCAGAUAAGUUCAUGAAGUCCGUCAAGAUCCGCAGAGCCCAGGACAGAAGAGACCCUAAAGGCACUGUCUCUGUUCCAGCAGGCUGGAGGGCCCCUAAGAGUGCUGCUCCAAACACCCAUCUUGACAGGUCCGUUUCAGCGGGGCCUGGAACUCCCCCGGGUCCUGAUAUUCGGAAGAUUCAACGUGUCUAUCCAAGCAGACCAUCAUUAGAGGGGGCAUUCCAACCCUCGCCAAUACCCAAAGAGCCUGUCAGUGAUGAUGAAUGGGAUUGCAGCUAUGACUCUGAGGAGUGGGAUGACAUCCCAGAUAUUGCUCCAGAAAGAUGUAUGAAAGCAACCACUGACGCAGAUUAUCUGCAUCCGAUCAUCGAAUCGCCAAACCCAGAAGGAAACAGUGACUACUUGACGCCAGUUCACGAACCUGUUUCUCAAUCAAAGCCACGCCAUGUGUCCAUCAUUAAAGUGUCACAGCCUCCAAAGAAGGAUGACAGUAACAGUGCUGUUGUGAGGAACACUGAACAGAAGCCGGUGCCAGUGGAAGGUGCUAGCGGAGGUCAGACAGCAGCUGAGUCUGAAGAAUCAGAUGAUGGACAUGACUAUGUCAAUCUUCAGGAAUGGGGUUUAGACAGCGACAGCGACAGCGACAGCGACGGUGACUUCCAGGAUGUGAGAAAGCUGUCAAUACACAACAAUAGUUCUGAUUAUGAAGUCCCAGUACAGAGAAACACACUGGUGGAAGAGUUCUACUUUGAUGGUGGCCACCACAGGAUCUACCACCUGCCGAAAGAGUGUCCUCGUGUGUCUGUGGCAGACUCUGGAUUCGUAGAUGACUUAACUUAAAGUAAUAACAAGACUGUGAAAUGUAUCUUAUGUCCCUGAGUAUGAUUCGUGGGAUAGGACAUAUAACUCAUGUCAGACUCUUUUCAGUGGAUUCUUAAAACAGUUGUCUCAUUGUGUUCAGUACUUUCUUUAGUAGAUUGUGUUUAGUAGAUACAUCAGUAGAUUAUGUUCAGAAGAUACAGCAGUAGAUUGUGUUCAGUACAUACAUCAGUAGAUUGUGUUCAGUACAUACAUCAGUAGAUUGUGUUCAGUACAUACAUCAGUAGAUUGUGUUCAGUAGAUACAUCAGUUGAUUGUGUUCAGUAGAUACAUCAGUUGAUUGUGUUCAGUAGAUACAUCAGUUGAUUGUGUUCAGUAGAUACAUCAGUUGAUUGUGUUCAGUACAUACAUCAGUUGAUUGUGUUCAGUACAUACAUCAGUAGAUUGUGUUUAGUACAUACAUGGACAUGGACUGGUGCAGCUUUUUCUCAAACAAGCUGUCUACUGAACUAUUUGCCAGAAAACUAGAAAAUGUGUAAAUUGCAUUCAUUUUGAAAUGAGUGACCGGGUUUUCAGUGUCAUGACAAUGCCACUGUUUAUUGUGAUUCAAGAGUCAGACGUUUACCACCAUGGCGAAACUUUCGAGCAUGUGUACAGACGUACCAAGGACCAUUAUCGGGACCAUCUGGGAUCCAAGGCAACGAUUAUAAGAUAAUCACACUCCGAAGGGACGCGAAUUGUGACAGUGAAUUAGUGCGCUUUAGGCCACGGUAUGCGUACAUUGCAUGGCAAUGUUAUAUCCCUUGCAUGGAUGGUCGGGCCUGCGUCCAUAACAUGACCUAUACAGUCACUUACGAUAGGUGCUGAGUUAUUGCUUUAUAUUGUUCCUUUCAGAUUCGUGACCUUGUUCGUGUUUUAAUAGCAGGGAUACGAUCAUGAAACUAUCUUGGCGUUUUAAUUUUGCGAAGUCAUUGAAUUCGAUAGCGUUUAAAUCAGUAUUAUUGAAAUAGUUAUGCGAUUGGUAAAUAACAGUCCUUUGUAGAGGUGUUUCUUAAUGUUCACAAAAAAUAAUAUUAUGAGAAAUAUAUCAGAGGAAUCAGCUGGUAGAGUAUCCCGUGUGUGUGUGUGUGUGUGUGUGUGUGUGUGUGUGUGUGUGUGUGUGUGUGUGUGUGUGUGUGUCUGUGUGUGUGUCUGUGUGUUUAUUUGUGUAAUCAACUGUAACUAUAUUCGUAACAUUAAGAAAUGUACUCAAACAUAUAUAAGUGACAGAAAUAUAUUCCUUGAUGUAUGAGUUACUAAAUGAUAAAAAAUGUAGCAAAUAUAAUCAAAACUCAAAUUGGACUGUGAUAAUAUAAAUUGAAACUAAUGAUGAAUGCCUAACCAUAUAGCAUAUGGAUUUCAUGAUUGAACACUAUUCGCACGAUGUACACUACAACCACAGGUCAAGGCAGACCAGGUGACUCUUCAAUAGGUUUGCUGAGGAUAUGAGUUGAGAAGAGGGUUGUUUGAUGUAGAGGAUGAGAACAGACAAGGAUAUGUGUUUCUAAACGAAUAUGGGGGCGGUCGGGUAGCCUAGUGGUUAAAGCGUUCGCUCGUCACGCCGAAGACCCGGGUUCGAUUCCCGACAUGGGUACAAUAUGUGAAGCCCAUUUCUGGUGUCCCCCGCCGUGAUAUUGCUGGAAUAUUGCAAAAAGCGGCGUAAAACCAUACUCACUCACUCACUAAACGAAUAUGCCUUGUGACAAUGCAGUAGAAAUGUAUGUAUUCCGUGAUAUUGGUUAUAUUGGCAUUAGGUAACAUUUGGAAUCUGCUCAAACUUGUUUAUAGACAGCUAAAUAAAACUGCCGGGCAACGGAAAGUAUACACAUGAAAUUGGAUGUGACCAAAAAUUACAAACGUAAUCAAAACGUUACUAGCCUUAAAACAGUCGGAAACACUGCAAACUUAAGGUCCUAAACACAGAUGUGAUACUCGUAUCAAAUACAUCACCAUCGAAUAACCGUUGUUUGUUUCUUUUUAUUUUAACAACCAUCAACCAUUGGUUCUUUUGGCUGCAGUUUAUUAUCAUCAUCAUAUUUUAUUAUCAUCAUAUCUUAUUAUCAUAUGUUAUUAUCAUCAUGCAGCUGCAACAUCGGUAAUCCGGUUGAUACCAUUAACAAUAAAAUUGGUGUUUGUG